UCAUUCGUAGGUUAUGUUUGUUCUUGUUCUUGGGGUUGAACUUAAACCUGAACACUUUAUUUAUUUCAAUAAAACAUCGAAUCUCCUAUUAACUUAAGUUGUCUGCACACUGCAAACACCAUUAAUUAAUAUUAAUUGACAUUUUUAGAGGAUACCAUGCCUGCCGUCAUGCAAAGGAUCGUGAGACCUAUCACUCACAAAGGAAAAAAAGCACUUAUUGAUAAAGAGCCGAAAUUGAUUGAAAAUACCAAACAGUGCUUGUUCAUCAAAGGGAAAAACACAAGUGAUAUUACACGGAACUGUUUGUUGGAUUUAUACUUAUUGAAAAAGCCAGACGCUGUCAACUUGAAUAAAAAGAAUGACAUCUUACCUUUUGAAAACAUUGUACCAGUUGAAGGUUUUGCCCGAAAAUAUAAUGCUUCAUUAUUUGCAUUCGCUUCACACAGUAAGAAACGACCCCACAAUGUAAUAAUAGGUAGAAUGUACGAUGACCAACUUCUCGACAUGGUCGAACUUGGCAUUGAGAGUUACAAGGGUUUCUCGGAGUUCACAUCGGAGAAAGUCGCCGUCGGGAUCAAACCGUGCCUGUUGUUUGCUGGACCCCAGUUUGAUCAAAACCCUGACCUCAAGCGGUUUCAGAAUCUUCUGGUGGACUUUCUGCAAAGAGAGACUGUUAAGGCUGUAAGACUCCAAGGACUCGAACAUGUGAUUAUGUUUACAGCAGAUGGGGACAAAAUAUACAUGAGGAGUUAUAGGGUUGUCCUGAAGAAGUCGGGCAGUAAAACCCCCAGAGUUGAACUAGAGGAGGUCGGUCCAGCUAUUGACUUCAAACUAAGAAGGACCAAACUCGCUUCAGACGACCUUUAUAAACUGGCUUGUAAGAGACCAAAGGCCUUGAAGGCCAAGAAGGUGAAGAACAUAGCUCAUGAUGCUUUUGGCACAAAGCUGGGAAGAAUUCACAUGACCCGACAGAACAUCGACAAGCUUCAGACCAGGAAGAUGAAGGGGUUGAAGAAGUCAGCCACGGAGAAGAAACUGCAAAAGAAACAAAGGGCGGCAAAGAAACCGAUAACUGCUAAGUAAUCCUUUGGAAAUAUAACUUUUAAAUUUU